AUGGCAAUGAAGGAGUGGCUGCAAUGGCUUCCUCCUCCACGGUCGCUAGUAGCUCUACUCAUCGCGAUUGCAGGCUUCAGCGGGCGUCUGUUUGCUGCUCACGUAACACACUCGCCGACGCUACUUGUGGACACUUGCCACACUCUAUGCCGUCUAGUUGGCCUUAUCACUACGCUAUUAGCAUAUAAGUAUGAACGAGCAGAUGAAGGCGCUGGUCGUGAGGGACGAUUGCGCAACACAUUCGGCUGGGCCCGCAUCGAGGUGGUCGGGCGAUUGUCUGUGCACGUGCUGUUUGCAUCGUUUGCACUGGGUCUCAUUGUAAAUGCACUUCAGCUGGGUGUUCAUUCCUCUCAUGGGCAACCAUCUCGAUACCCAAGAGUGAUACUGGGAUGUGCCGUUAUUGGGCUUCUGUUGCACGCUAUCAACUAUAUGCUACUCGCUGGUCGAGAGUUAAGUUACAGUCGGCGUUUGAGCAUGACUCCAGAUGGUGAAGUGGUACUAAAAUCUGGAUCAGCGGAGCCGGUACUUGCACAUGCGCCAACUGACAUAGCAAGUAGUUUGUUUGUAAUGGGAGCUGGUCUUACGUUGGAGUGGGAGCCCAUGGCUGCAAGGAUAGCUGACCCGGCGCUCUCUGCCUGCGCCGCUAUUAUACUCGUCGUCUUUAAUUAUCCCUUUAUGCGUUCAGCGGGGUUAGUAUUGCUUCAAACGGUGCCAGAAGGCCUCGGUGCGUGUGACUUGCGAGCGGCUGCACUACGCGUUCCUGGCGUUCUCGCCAUCCAUGAACUUCAUGUGUGGCAGCUACAUAGAGACCGCCUCGUUGCUACUGCUCAUGUGUGUUAUGGCUCCCAUGAGGAGUACUUACGCAAUUCCAAUUUAGUAUGCGAUGUAUUCAAGAAACAUGGAAUUGGUUUGGUCACGUUACAGCCAGAAUUUAUGGUCUCCUCAACUUCAGAUACAGCAGAAGAAAAGAAAAUGUUAUUGGACUUUGCCAACAUGGCUUGUUCCUGCCCGUGUGCAAAGGAAUGUAUCGCGCCUCGUUGCUGUCAAGCGCCUCAAAAACCUACUAUUACCCGUAUU